UCGAAGAAAACCAGAAAAAGACGGAGGAGGAGUAGACCUGGAUUCCAGAGAGUCACCUCUCUGGCUCCCCGCAGGGUCCAGGUGUCAGAGGCGGCGCAACCUUCUCCCCGCCUCCUCCGACCGCAGAGCGACGCAGACGGGGCCUCGCAGCACCCCGGCUUCGUGCGCCCCUCGGCUCCAUCGCGCAGGGAUCCUCGGCCGAGGGGCCGCGGGGAGAGUGAGUGGGUCCCUUCGCUCACCUGGGGCGGAGGCGCUCGCUCAUGGCCGCUGGUGAAGGCGAGCGACGCGGCUGCGCCGCCCCGCGCCGACAGCGAACGGACGGGGUUGUGUUCCCGCGACCGCCACGCCCACCCCCACGGGCCUGGGCUCUGGCAGCCGCGCGGGUAGAGGCUGCGGGCGCUGAGUACCCCUCAGGCCGACCCGUACCACCGCGACUUCCGGCGUCUCCUCCGCGCCCCCCCAUGUCGCAGGCGCCGUGGUACCGUCCUCCUGCGGCUGCGCAGUGGCGGGGACGCCGUUGGCCCCGCUCACCCACGACCCCGCCCCCAGGAAGAGGCGUGUCCGGAGAGGGAAAAACAGACCGGGCACUUCCAGGACCCCGUGUAGGUGUCCGAGGCAUCGGCCUGUUCAAAAACAAACCGGGACAAGCUGUAAAAGUCAAGCCGGAUUUGAAUACAUUAAAUUAUUGGAACACCAACUGAUACGUGUAUCUGUGUUAAAUCUCUAUGCGGUGGAAAAUGAAAAGGAAAAGAGCUGGGCGAGCUCCAUCAGGCACUGAAGCGGACGGCCACAGGCUGUGGGUUCGAUGGUGGGAAGGCGGUGUGAGUCCCGAGUUCGAAGGGAGCGCCGCGUGGAACUUUGCGUCUCGAGCGGUGCGGAGCCGGUUCGGUGGAGUGUCCAAGGGCUGGGCUGUUUCCCACGACCUUUUCUGUAGGUCGGGAGUGCAGAUCAGGAGAACGGACUAACGGAGUCCCAGCCCCGACGGGGAGCGGUCCCGCCCACCUGCUGGAAGAGGCCGGGCAGAACGGUGUGGGGAAGCCGGCAGGCGUGGGAACGCCUUGCUCGUGGCGAGAAAGAGGAUGGCUGAUGCUAGCCCCGGGAUGGAGGUGUGUCCUUAUUGUAAGAAGCCAUUUAAGCGAUUAAAAUCCCACUUGCCACACUGUAAGAUGAUGGGACCGCCCAUAUCUGCUGAUCAAAAAGUUUAUCAGUCCAAGCCAGCUUCACUUUCACAUGCUAAAAAAGAGGCGAGGCCUACCAAAGACCUAACCAGAGCUAAAAGGAGAGAGCAAGAGACAGAGGGUGCAAAAAGAAAUGCCCCCUCAGAAAAGGGCAGCCCAGAAUGGACGGCUACCACCCUUCCACUGACAGCAGGUGUCCUGGAAAGAGCGGGUACAACAGAGGCAGGAGGAAAAACCAAUGAUCAAAAUCAGCCCCCCUUCCAAGUUCUCAGUCACGCCAAGAUAAAGGUGACUCUGCAGAGAGCCACAACCCCUCAGUCUCGUGCAUCAGAGGCCACCUCUCCCAAGAGAGAACUUGCCGAAGAUGUGACUGGAUCCAAGGGAGGUCUGUGUCAUCCCUCAGAAACAGAAGGAUUGCUGGUUGGCUCGGUGGAACCAGUUUUAUCUGAUCAAGGUAAAAAAUAUUCCUCAACUCAGCAUCAUGCUAAACUGGCCACUUCUGCAAGUCUGAAAUUGGACACAGUCGAUCCCCAAAGACAGAAACCUCUGGCAAAAUUAUUAGACGUGCCUGUUAGUGAUUGUCAUUCACCAAAGAAUAGUAACCAUGGGGUUCAGAGAGGCCAACCCUUGAUAUUGAACAAGGAAAGCAAUUCCCAAGGUGGAGACCACAUCUCAGAAGUCUCUCCCUACCCUGGCAAUGCUGAGACCCAAAAUAAGUCAGAAUCACUCCUCUUGGACCUUCACCCCGCUCCACUGGGUAAAACACUAGUCAGAGAGCACCAGGAGCUCCACCUCGGAACAGAGUUGCGCCAGCACAACAGAAAUCCUGAGAACAGCAUGUCUGCCACAGAAGCACAGGCACAAGCUUGCUCGGGCCGUGAUAAUAAGGACCCCAUUUUACCCACAAAGGCAAAAACACAGGCGGCCCUGGCACUUUUGAACGUACUUACUCCACCAGAGGGAACUUCAAGGAAGCUUCUCUCUGUACCAGAAUCAGGGCAUCAGUGCCUCGCCUCUCCAGUUGUGAAGUCUCCUCCAGAAGUCUCUGCCAUAACACUAUUAGUGGGAAGCAAGAGGGAUGUUUUGGAACCCGUGUCUUUCCGCCAACCCCAUGCACCCCAGACAGGGUACCAGGUACCGUCAUAUUCAGCUCAGUACCCGGUGUCUAAAUGCUCCCUCGUCAGUCAUGUUGCUAUUGCGGACUCAGAGGCUCUUCCCCGGUCUGUGGGACUCGAGUGGUUUCCAGAACUCUAUCCAGGUUACAUCGGUCUAGGAGUGUUGCCAAGGGGACCUCAGCAUUGGAACCCAGUGGCUCAGAUGCCUCCCCCUGCCACUUCCCAGGGUGUGAGUGUCUCGAAAGUUCCCUGGUUGGGACGAAGUUUGGCUGAUAGCUGGAGUUCCGAAGCCCCGGCGCACACAACUUCCAGCUUCCCUCUUAUGAGGCUCCUGGGAGCCGUGCACAAAGGCUGGGUGAUGUGCAACGCCACCAUAAAGAAGAGCAGCGUCGGGAGCCUCACCAUGCUCUUCGCUGGCUACUUCAUCCUGUGUUGUAACUGGAGCUUCAAGCGUCUGAAGCUGCAGCGCUGGCGCAAGUAAUGCCGACCGAGCACGUCCGAGAGCCACGGAGGGUGUGACAGAGAAGCUGCAGAGCGGACGAAACACUCGAAGUUGCUGCGGACAGAGAGGGUGCCAAUAAUAAAACUAC